UUUGUUUUUUUCUCCUACUCAGCUCUUGCCCCUGUUCUUUGCUUCUCGUUUUGUUGGUGAAGAUAUCACAGUGAUGUCUGCAUUCAACCUGCUGCAUUUGGUGACAAAGAGCCAGCCAGUAGCCCUUCGAGCCUGUGGGCUUCCCUCAGGGUCACGUAGGGAUAAAAAGAACUGUAAGGUGGUCUUUUCCCAGCAGGAACUGAGGAAGCGGCUAACACCCCUGCAGUACCAUGUCACUCAGGAGAAUGGGACCGAAAGUGCCUUCGAAGGAGAAUACACACAUCACAAAGAUCCUGGAAUAUAUAAAUGUGUCGUUUGUGGAGCUCCGUUGUUUAAAUCAGAAACCAAAUUUGACUCCGGCUCAGGUUGGCCUUCAUUCCACGAUGUGAUCAGUUCUGAGGCAAUCACAUUCACAGAUGACUUUUCCUACGGGAUGCACAGGGUGGAAACAAGCUGCUCUCAGUGUGGUGCCCACCUUGGGCACAUUUUUGAUGAUGGGCCUCGUCCAACUGGGAAAAGAUACUGCAUAAAUUCGGCUGCCUUAUCUUUCACACCUGCGGAUAGUGGUGGUGCCGCCACCGAGGGGGGCAGUGGGGUCGCCAGCCCCGCCCGGGCCGACAAAGAGGAGUUCUAGAGUAAUGGAGAGUGAUGGAAACAAAGUGUACUUAAUGCACAGCUUAUUAAAAAAAUCAAACUUGUUUAUCUUAAAUAGAUAUAUUUUUUCAAAAACUAUAAGGGCAGUUUUGUGCUAUUGAUAUUUUUUCUUUUUUGCUUAAACAGAAGCCCUGGCCAUCCAUGUAUUUUGCUAUUGACUAGAUCAAGAACUGUUUAUAGCUUUAGAAAAUGGAGACAGCUUUGUGAAACUUCUUCACAAGCCACUUAUACCCUUUGGCAUUCUUUUCUUUGAGCACAUGGCUUCUUUUGCAGUUUUUCCUCCUUUGAUUCAGAAACAGAGAGUUCGUGUCUUCAAAAGUGAAAAUAGAGAUCUCUGCAAUGCAGAGACCAGAGCUGGGAUGUGCAGGGCAUGGAGACCUGCAAGACAUGUGGCCUUGAGGCCUUUGCACAGACUCACCUAAGAUAAGGAUGGAAUGAUGUCUUAAUAACACUGCUCAGCUUUGUGGAAAGUUUGAGCUAAGGUCAUUUUUUUCUCACUAAAAGGGUGUGAAGGUCUAAAGUCUUUCCUUAUGUUAAAUUGUUGCCAGAUCCGAGGGGGUAUACUGAAUGCUGUGGCAGAGAAGUAAACAUUACCUCACUGUUAGGCCUUUAUUUUAUUUUAUUUUCCAUUGAAAGCAUUGGAGGCCAGGCGCGGUGGCUCACACCUGUAAUCCCAGCACUUUGGGAGGCCGAGGUGGGUGGAUCACUUGAGGCCAGGAGUUCAAGACCAGCCUGGCCAACAUGAGAAAAUCUCAUCUCUACUAAAAAUGCAAAAACUAGCUGGACAUGGUGGUGCAUGCCUGUAGUCCCAGCUACUCCAGAGGCUGAGGCAGGAAAAUCACUUGAACCUGGGAGGCAGAGGCUGUAGUGAGCUGAGAUCACACCACUGCACUCCAACCUGGGCAACAGAGCAAGAUCCUGUCCAAAAAAGAAAAAAAAGAAAAAGAAAAUAGUAUUGGAAUGUAAGACAACUAUAAAAUAUUGAGCCCCACUUGUUCUAAAAUUAAAAAAGAACACCUGCCCAUUGCCUUUUUAUAAGUCCUUCUUUCUACACCUAAAAGCAGCUGCAGCUGGAAGCGCAUUUUGGUAAAUUCCACUGUGUAAAAUAAAAGAUUGAGGACAAUGCACUUCAUCAAGGCAGCAGGAAUGACAGAGAGCAGAGAAGACCAAGGAUGAAGUCUUGGGUACUGAAAAAUUCAGUGCUGGGCUGAAAAACAGACAGGACACUACAAGUAACAAACAGAAUCCAAGUGGGGGCCCUUGUGCACAGAGCUCCAGGAGAGACAUGGGGAUUCACAUGGAAAGCUAAAACAGAAGGUCAAGUUUCAUACUCAGCAUAAUCUUCUGUGUGACAAGGGACAAGCCAUUUAGCCUCUCUGUGCCUAUUUCUUCAUGUAUAAACUGGGACUCAUAAUACUUGUAAAACGUAUUGAUACUCUCAGGGCAAAUUCACGGUAUUGCUAGAUAAUUGAGAUCAGUGUUGUAAAAUUAAACUGAUCUGGUUCUAAUUGCCUCAAGGCCAAAGCCCAGGCAUUUGAAAUGGAAAGAAGCAGAGAGGAGGCUGACUUAGCUGAUUGGUAUGGAAAUAGUUGGGCCAAGAGCCAGAAUUUCCCUUUGGAGCAACACAGCUAGUUUUACUUUGAGAAGCUCUGCUCAGUUGCUUUAUAACAUUGAGUCUGGUGGAAUGAAUGUCACUGUGCACAAUAAAGUUUUCACAAGUAUAAACAAUGGUGAUAUUAGUCAACAUUGCCAUAGCCAGGUGUGAAGGUAUGGUGUGUGACGAAUGUACAUUGUGUUUGUAGCUUUGAAUGCUAAUCUUGAAUUGUAGUUUUUUUAAAAAAAUUAUUUUUGUAAAUCUUUGAAAGCUUUCCUUGUAAGCACCAGGACAAAAAAAAAAAAAAAGAAAAAGAAAAAGAAGAAACAACGAGAAAUUAGAAUGAAAAGCUGUGACAAACAGUGUCAAUGUGGCCAUGUCCACAUUCCUCCAUGUCUCUCUCUACAAGCACCUCCCUAAGAAGCCCGACAUCCCGGUGGCCUCUUCAUAGUCAUGUACGCUGCAAUGUUGUGAUUCCAGAUAAGCCCUACUCUUAUCUGGAUGUUCACAUAAGAGAUUUCUAUCUGAGCAUCCAGACACCCUCUCAGCUCCAAGACAUUCACCCCAGGCCCUGGGUUCACUCUGGAAUUCAUAGGCUUCUAGAAAUGAGGUAUAAAACUUAAGACCAGACCUCAGCCAUCAACAUCCAGACCAUCCUACAAGUCUUUCCAAAUCUCACAGAAAAAGCUCCAAUAUUUCCCAACGACCCCAGGAUUCUAUGUUGGGGUGGCCACAGAAAUGGGUCUCUCAGGGCUUUGCCAUAGCCUGCCGCCCAUCCUUCAGAGGCACACACAGCACCUCUCGGCUGCUCUAGCUCUGUGGGAUAGCCUCCUCAGGAGUCCCUGGGAUGCAGGCCACAGUGUCGGGGCAGACAAGGAGGGUCAGUGAGAGGCUGUACUGAUCCCUCUCCACAGAGACUGUAUUGCCAUUUUUCCUUCAUUUUUAUUAUAGAACUUAACAUUUCACUCAAAAAAACCCCUCUUUUUCUAAUCCUUAGUCUUUGUUUCAUGGAAAGCCAGUUUUUCUUCUACCACAUUUUCCAGGAUCAACUUUAAGAAAAAUGCAACAUCCAUUGAAAAAAAGUGGGGUGUAUGCAUGUGGUUUAAUUCCAGAUUGCUUUUGGGUUUAAGUGGUAUCAAAUUUCAGUAUAUUUCUCUCUUAUGUGAAAGAAAUAUAUUACUAAAACGUCAGUGAGCAAUAAUGUCAGCUGUCGAGCACUAGAUUUAUUUUUGCAGGAUAUGGAGUGCAAUGAAGUGAGUCAAUAUGGUGAGGUGUAUGUGAUCUGUGGGAGUUAUGCCAUUUAACAUAGGAAGUGUAUGGGACUUUCCCUCUCUGCACUCCAGCUCUUACUGUACCGUUAGAAGAUGCAGGAUUCUGUUGGUGUGCAAAAAGUACAGACCUACAUUCAAGCAGAAUGGAUCUAAAGAAAGCAGCAGUAUCUGUUGUAUUAGAGAACAGCCCCAUGUGUUUCUUAGAUGCAUUUGAAUUCUUAAUGCAAAUGAUGUAGCAAUUUGAAAACUUCUCCAUGCUAAUUGUGUUUAAAAUGUCUUGCUUUAAAAAAAAAAACCAAAAAAAAAAAAAAAAAAAUGGUGAAGGGGAUUAUCUUUUGUUUUGAAGGUUAAAUAUUAUUUUUGCCUUAGAUAGCUUUGUAGUAAUUUUUCUCCAGACAGUUCAAAACUUUUGAAAAAAGAUAUGACUUUUCAUUAAAAACCCUUUUCCAAUGUUUAUUGUAUACAAGAAUUAUGCAAUAAAAUUUCUUUAUAAAAAUA